AUGUCUAUCUCAGAGCGUCUGUAUAUCCGUUGGUUCCCGGAUGAAGCCUCGGAGCCAACAUCCACGCUCGUCCUAACCACACCCAACCGACACUUCGUCGACCUCCGCUUCUUCAACGUUAGCUCUGGCCCAUCUUCCGACGACUCCGCGCCGUCCGCCGAGCGCUUCUUCACCGCACUCGAAUGGGGCAUCGGAGGCCUCUCCGUGGGCACGCCAGAGCGCGGCAAGUGGGUGCACGAGAUCAGCUCGCGCACGGAACAUCCGGAGAAGGAGACGGACGAGGGCGACAUGUUUCCCCACCCCACCCUCCCGGACGUCGCACUGGAGCGCGGGCACAUGGCCCACCCCGAUAGCGGCGAAGUGCGCGAGUACGAGGAGGCGUGGAAGUCCCUUCCUAUACUUUCCGUGGGCGGCCCACGCCCGGAUGAGCGCGUCGCGAUUUUCCUCCAGAUGCGCGAGGACUCUACGACAGGAACGGCCAGACGAGGAGCUAUUGUGCGCGUUGGACAGCACUGCCAGGGUAUCGUCCGAGACGGAAAGGACGUAUCCGUUCAACGAUGGUCGUGGACGAAUGAAGGAUGGAAGAAGGUUGGGCAGGUCGGAGACUUCGAUAUUCCUUGCGACGCAGCUUGGACAGGCGUGCGGGAAGGAGACACCGUAGAGCGGGGACAUGCGGUUUGGGAUGUAAAGGAAGUCGCUCUUCUCUAA